GUAACAAUCUAUACGCAAAGCUCGCCGGUGCGACAUAUAGUAGACAGUGUGAGAGAACAUUUUUGAUGUGUUUUGGAAAACGUCUUUUUUGAGUUUUUCGAAAAUAAAUAUUUUUUUUUGAAAAAUAUUUUCGAGCACUUUUUGUGCCGCUUAGAGUGCAUUGUGUAUUACAGUGUUAUUUUUUUUUUUGGGAAACUUGGUGAAGAUGUUGGAGUUUUAUCCGAAUUUGAAUAUCAAUCCGGUUCUUUUACCGGACCAUAAUUUGCAAAACUCUGAAAGUCAUGAUAGAAACGACGACGCCUUGAUCAAAUGCGAGAAAAAUUAUGAAAUAUGUGAGGGUUGCGGACAAAAAAUUCACGAUAGGUAUUUAAUGAGAGUUGCGGAUUCAAGUUGGCACGAACAUUGCCUUUCUUGUUGUAUAUGUGGAGUAUUACUCAAUCAAACUUGUUAUACAAGAAACACCAAAGUUUAUUGCAAAACAGAUUACGACAGAAUAUUUGGUAUAAAAUGUUCGAGAUGUGGGGAUCGUCUUUUACCCCACGAAAUGGUUAUGAGAGCACAACAACACGUUUACCAUUUGCCUUGUUUCGUUUGCGUAGUAUGCUGUCAACCGUUACAAAAAGGCGAGCAAUUUGUCUUACGCGCUGGACAAUUAUUCUGCAGACAAGACUUCGAAAAAGAAAUGUACCUUAUGCAACAAGCAAGUUCGGGAGACGAUGAUAUUUUAGACGAAGGAAAUCGACCGCGCGACGGAAGAAGAGGUCCAAAACGACCGAGAACGAUAUUAACCUCGGCUCAACGGAGACAAUUUAAAGCAUCUUUUGAAGUCAGCCCGAAACCGUGCCGAAAAGUCCGGGAAGCUUUAGCGAAAGAAACCGGGUUAAGCGUGCGGGUGGUUCAAGUGUGGUUUCAAAACCAAAGGGCUAAAAUGAAGAAGAUACAAAGGAAAGCGAAACAGGACGACGGCAAAGGCACUUCAGAAAAGGAGAAGGGUGAGAAACACGACAAAGUUAUUAAACAAGAAUCACCGUCUAGCGAACAUGGACAUUACAUGGGCCUCGGCAAUAUUGGCGACUCACAUUUUCCAACCUCAACGAGACCGCUUAAUCCCAAUAUACCAUAUUCUCCAGACGAUGCAUAUCCAGCACAUUCAGGUGAAAGUUUCUGCAGUUCAGAUAUAUCAUUGGACGACAGUACAAAUUUCGAUCAUUUAGACGAAGGAACAUCUGAUACGAUGUCGAUUCAAAACUUGGAACUCCAAUCAACCCAUCAACAUAGUCACGAAACGAUGUCCGCGACGGGUAUAGCAAACCCCAUCGAUAAACUCUACCUAAUGCAAAAUUCUUACUUCAAUUCGGAACAAUGAAAGGCGGAGUUAUAAUCUGUCUAUCUUCAGUAUUUACUUUUCUAGUCAAUUCCACGAAAAGAAAAAAUAAUAAAAAAAACUUGAACUGAUUGUUUUUUCUAAUGUUGAAUGGAAUUUAAACUCAAAAAGUUUUUUAAAAUGUUGUGGAUAAAAAUGUGGUGUAUGAAAAUUUAAAUGUAUAUAUGUACACAAACUACAAUUUUAGGGUAUAGAUUUAACGGUAUUGCUCUUAUAGGAGACAAAGUGCAGGCUGUUUGUUUUUUAAGACAAAGUUGUGUAAUAUAUUAAGAACUCAUUUUUAAACAUAUUGUAUAGGCCUUAGAAACGGUCAAUCUGAGGUAUUAAUUCUUAAAUUUAGGAUUAAAUACAAAUGCUCGGGAAAUUAAAACAUUCUAACUUUAAAUAAAAUUAACAUAUUUUCUCAUGUUUUAAGUUGAAAUGUUAGGAAGCACUUUAAUUACAUUAUACUAAAUAGUUUUUGUACAUAUCGUACAACUAUGAUUUGUUUUUAGAGCUUUUUAAAUAGUUUCCCGGGACAGCUGUAUAUAAAACACGUGGUAUCUCACAGAAUAGAUUAUUCCAGUCGAAUUAUUAAUUGUGAUGAUAUAUUUUGCCAAA